GCGGAGCGUGCGGAGCAUUUGGGGGGAGCGGGGGGCAGGGGAAGAAGGUACGCGAGUGCGCACAUGGAAGUAGAGAGCAGGUAGCAGAGCAGGGCAGCAGGGAACGUGAGCUGCUGCUGGGCGGGGCCAACGUGGAGCAGCGUGUGCGCGUGGCGAGUGUGUGACAUUCGAGAUACAGGCAGGGCCGGUGCAGCGUGAGCGCGCGGCGAGUGUGCGACAUUCGAGGUUACAGGAAUUGCCGAGCCAACGUGGAACAGCGUGUGCGCGUGGCGAGUGUGCGACACUCGAGAUACAGGAUCAGGGCCAACGUGGAGGAGGGUGUGCGCGUUGCGUUGCGUGGCGUGGCGUGGCGUGGCGUGGCGUGUGUGAGCCAGUGAAGAUCUGUGACGCUAGCUCUUCGUCUUCUCGUCACACACCACGGCGGCUCAAUCCCUGUCACCUAUCAUCUAGAUAGAUAAUUAGGGGAGGGGAGGAGGUAGCUGCUUGAGGCGCCAGGUAGGCGAGAGAGGAGGAAGGCGCUUCACUGAUCGAUUCAACCAUGAGCUUCGGAUCCAGGGCCAGAGCUUUUAUGAACCAUCCCGCUGGACCUCGAACAAUCCAUUUCUGGGCACCGACGUUUAAAUGGGGAAUUACUUUUGCAAACAUUGCGGAUUUCACGAAACCUCCGGAGAAGAUCUCAUACCCGCAGCAGUGUGCUGUGGCAGCCACUGGUCUCAUCUGGUCUCGAUACAGCACGCAGAUCAUCCCGGUCAACUACAAUCUGUUGAGUGUUAAUGUCUUCAUGGCCAUGACAGGGAUGUACCAGCUCUCCAGAAAGAUUAGGGAGGACUACCUCGACAAAGAGCCAGAAGCAGUAGCACAGGUGCAGUGAGGAGCUGGUGUGCCGUCACUACUUUCCAUGCCUACCGUCUUCGCCAGAAAGAACAACGGUUAUUUUCGCUGCAUCUGGACUGAAAGUUUGGACCAGAUGCAGGCUAAAUGACCGUAUGUUCUUUACGGGGCAACGGCCGUAAUUACUGUGAUCCAGCAGAAGGUGGUGGUGUGUAUGUGUAUGUGUGUGUCUGUGUGUGUGUUUCAGAAUGGAAGGUGUUGGGUGAGUUAAGUGGGGGUGUUGGUGUUCACGGGAGGAGAAGAUAAGUCGACCGAGGUAUUGAGCCACAAGCGCUACCGAAAGGAAGGUAUUGGGUGAGUCAAUUGGGGGUGUUGGUGUUCACAGGAGGAGAAGAUCAGUCGACACGCGCAUGGACCCACAAGUGCUACAGAAAGGAAGGUAUUGGGGGAGUUAAUUGGGGGUGUUGGUGUUCACAGGAGGAGAAGAUGAGUCGACCCACGUAUGGAGCCACAAGUGCUACAACCACUCUAGCGGUUUUCUCGACUGUGUUUAUAAUCAUUUUCUAGGGAUGUUCUGCUUGCCACUUAUGUGGAGGGCAGUUGCCUCGUUGUGAGUGAUGUAGAGUCCACAGCUGGAUGUAAAUGUCUACCCAGUGUCCUCCUUCAGCUGCUCAGAUGAGCCCCACUUGCUGUACUAUUUUUCGAUAAUCACCUUGGCUUGCAUGGUAUUGCCGGUGGUUUUAGAUGGCAGAGAACGUGCGCGCAGCCCUGUACAGCAGCGCUUCGAGAUUCUCUCUCUCUCUCUCUCUCUCUCUCUCUCUCUCUCUCUCUCUCUCUCUCUCUCUCUCUCUCUCUCAAGCUCCUGCAACUGUGGUUAGGCUGUUGCCACUGCGCUGUGCCGCCAAUGCGUGCCACAGCUGGUUGUAAAUGUUUACUCCCCUCCUUUAGCUGCACAAAUGAGCCCCACUUGCUGUACUAUUUUUGAAUAAUCGCCUUCGGUUGAAAUGCAUUGCUUGGAGUAGAGCCUGUCAAUGUGCGCACGGGGCCAUGUAUUUCAAAUUUGCAAUCAUUUCUGAGAUGUUUUCUUCCCUCUCUGAAGCUCCUGCAACUGUGGUUAGGCUGUGGUUAGGCUGUGGUUAGGCUGUUACACCUGCGCUGUGUCGCCAAUGCCCGUCAAUGCAUGGCUUUGUUUCUCGUCUAGAAUUUUGAAUGACAAAUUGACAAUGAAUAUAUAUCUGUCUGCCUGCCUGCCUGUGUGUGUGCUCAUCUGUUGGCUGCGCACCUGCCUGUCUGCAUGUCCCUCUUGUCCUGCCUCCCUCUCUCUUCUUUGCUCUGUUUGUCAUUUUACCCAACCAGCUUUCUGCCUGCCCCAUUCUCCCUCCCUCACUCACUCACUCGUGUGUUGGUCUCUCGCCGGACAUUAACCUCCUGUCGGUCUCUGUUGGUCUGCCCGUCUGUUGGCUGAUUGACCCCUCCCCCACUCCAUUCAUCCUUCCCUCCGACGCUCUGUCCUUACCGUCUGUGUGGCUGUGAACUAGUCCAUCCACCCUUCCUUCAACACUACGGCGGGGKGGKGUGUUCGUGAUGCCCAUGUGCGGCCUUUAGUGAUGCCUGUCUUUGCUGCCAGUUAGUUGAGUCCGGCCUUGUGUCUGCUUUCUGCCUGUUGGCGUGCUUUUUGCUGUUCUGUCCCCCUGCCCACGUGGUUUAUGCACUGUUGCCUUGCCGCCACUCGGGUUGAUGCGCCUGUCUGUUUGCCUGCCAUGCGCAACUUGAGU